AUGCCAAGAACGAGGUCCCAGAGGAAUGCUGGUGGAUCCAAGGGGAACGAGGGAAGCAGCCCCCAACACCCCUCACGAGGGCUGACUCCUGGAGACGAGGGCGUGGGGCUCUCACGAAUUCCGCCGGAGCAGUUGGUCCAGGCGGUGGCAGGGAACCUGCCAACUUUUGAGGCAAUUGUGAACUACAUGAAGGGGUAUAUCGCCUCCCCCUUCGUCCCUGACAUCGAAGACUACCCGCUGCCAGCGAAGUUCAAGAUACAAAGCAUGAAGUCUUACGAUGUGACCACGGAUCCGGAAGAUCACUUGUUUGCCUUCAUGACCCAAAUACGCCUGCAAACUGCUACGGAUGCGGUUAGGUGCAAGACCUUUCCAAUGUUUUUGGAGGGUAAGGCGCGUCAGUGGUUCCAGGAGCUUUCUCCCAGGUCCAUUCGGUCCUUUGCCCAGCUCGCGCGACUGUUCUCGGCCCAGUUCGUUUCAUCACGAGCCUUCUCCAAGAGUACGGCGCAUCUGAUGACUAUCCAGCAAAGGCCUGAGGAGUCCUUGCGCGAAUACAUGGUACGUUUCAAUAACGAGUCCCUCCAGAUUGGAGAUCGCGAUGACAAGGUGGUCAUUGUUGCCUUCAUUAACGGGCUGCGAAAACAAAAGCUCUAUACCGAGCUCGUGGAGAGACCUCCCAAGUCAGUUCGGGAUAUGCUAGACCGAGCUCUUGAGAAGGCCAACGCGGAGGAAGCCAAUCGCCUUAAGAGUGAGCAAGAAAGAUUGAGGGAUGACAAGCGCAGGAGGGGCGCCGACCAGGUGGAUGUACAGCCUAGCCAGGGAAGGAAAAACGCUUAUGACCGCCUUCCCAGGAGCCGUCCAAUGGGAGGAAACAAGUCCUGGACUGGUCUCACGGCACCUCGAGCUCGGGUGCUCGCAGUGAUGGAACAGGAGGGGCUCUCUCGACCUCCUCGUCCUUUGGCCGGGGACAAAAACAAACGGAACCAACGUCUGUAUUGCGCUUAUCAUCGAGAUGUGGGGCACGAUACAGAGGACUGCCGUCACCUCAAGAAAGACAUUGAAAAAUAG